AUGGUUACUUGCACUGAGCACUUGGAAAAUUUGCAAAACUGGACAUUAGACCAAAGAAUUAAAAUUCGUCUAGAAGAUACCGGUUUUCCACGUUUAAGCGAACUUGCAAAAUGUCAACAUGAUAGCCAGCUUCUGAAAUGUGUGGUAUCCCAUUUCAAUACAGAGACAUGUGGAUUUGAAUUUGGUGGUAUAAAAUUAGUUUUUGGCUUGAAAGAUGUUCUCGAAAUUACAGGCUUGCACAUUACAGGCCAGUCUGUCACUGGGACCGCUGGUGACAUGACUUAUUGGUCCAACCAAUGUUUUGGACAAGAUUUGACCUUUAAAAAACAAAGGGCAAUUCGAGGAGCCAUUAAGCUAUCUGUUCUUAGAGAAAAAUUUAUGGAAGUUCCACCAAGAGCAACUGAAGUUGAACUAGAUCGACAUACUAGAGCAUAUGCUCUUUAUGUUCUAGGUUCGUCCUUAUUCAGUAGUUCUUCUAAGGGGGAUGUUGAUACUCUCCAUCUUCCAUUGCUUUAUCAUGUUGAAAAAAUAAAAGAUUAUGCCUGGGGUGCUGCUGCUCUUGCACACCUAUAUUGUUCUAUGAAAAAAAUUAAAGAAGAGGGUAAAAAGCAUUUGCACGGGAUUGCAUUGUCCCUGCAGAUCUUUGUAUUCCUACAUCUGACAAAGAUCAAGGACUUACUCAUGUUAUCGAGUUUGGAUUUCGUAAAUGAACAACUUCCGUUGAUCAAUGAUUGGUCGCGUCAUUUAGAACAAUUUACCUUGAACAAAUGUAAAAAGGUAGAUUAUUUGGAUUUAAUUAGCACAACGACUGCUAAAGAGGUUAACUACAAUCCAUAUGAUAAUAUUCAAUUCCCCGACCUGAAAGAAUAUUCAACUUUCGAGUUGGAAAGAAGGGUAUGUUGUAAAUCAACCAUACAACCAACCUUUCUCAUCAACUUUAAUGAGGUUGCAUUUUUUCAACCCCAUAAAUUUAAAAAACAAUAUUCUAAUGCACGUGCCGGGGAUAGAAAAUGCACAUACAAAUGGAAAUUGUACCCAAGAAGAGGUACAAAAGGGAAAAAUUGGCAAGAGACGAAAAAGCAUACAAAAUAUCUCAAGCAUUGGAGCAUAAGUUGUUUUAGUAAAAGACCACAACCUGAGGAACAACAACCCGAAAGAGUACAAGAUGUUCGAACAGAAGAGCCAAUUGAGGUGGAACACCAUAAUUUGGAUGAUGUCGUGGACAAUCAAGAAAAGCAUUGUGGAAGGAAAAGAAAAAGCAUAUGGAGUUCAAAAGAAAAUGAAGUUGCUCAUGAGGAGGAUGCAGGAGAUAACAAUGAAGAUGGGGGAAGAAACAAAGACCAAGGAGACACUAGGCAAGUGGAAGCAACAUGUACCCGUUUGUCUGUUUCUAGAGUGUAUAUACGCCGCCGCAAAGGGAGUAACACGGGAAAAAUGAAAACCAGUGAAGAUGUGACGGUUGGCAUUAAGCACUCCCUAUAUCUGCUGAAAGAACUACUUCCAUGUUUAAAACAGUUGAGUCACGAAGAAAUGAUUGAGAAAGAGAUAGAGGCUAGCAGACAAAGGCUCUUAGUCUCACAGCUAUGUAUAGCAGAGCUAGAUGACUCGGGCGGAGACCGGGUGUUCUGUGACAAAUGCAAGACGUCAAUAUUUGCCCUCCACAAACAUUGUCAGACAUGCAAUAGUGACUUUUGUCUCGCCUGUUGUCGUGACUUUUGUGAUGCGCAGCUUCGAGGUGGUGCUGAUCCAAUUGAGUCACGUGUUACUGCCAAACAUGGGGUUCACAAACGGCCAAGAUCUGAUAAGCAUGAGGAUAGUGAUGACAGAGUUUGCUGUGAUGGGUUUCUUGAACUGAGAAGCUUCUAUCCUCCAAGUCACAUUGCUGAUUUGGUAGAUGAAGCAAAAAAAUUUGUAGACAAAUACAUGCAUCGCAUGCCUGUGAUUUCAGACAAAACUCAUAAGAACUUGCAUUCAAGUUUGAAUCGUAAGGCAGCAUCUCGUAAAGAGUCAAGCGAUAACGAUAUAUAUUGUCCGGAGGCUAAAAAUACAUGUCCUGAGGAUUUACUACAUUUUCAAUGGCACUGGAGAAAAGGGGAGCCAGUAAUUGUCAGGGAACUGCUUGGAGGUACUUAUAAUUCAUUAUGGAAUCCAUCAAGCAUGAGCCGUGCAAUCUGUCAGAAGCACAAGACUGUGAAGGUUGAUAGCCAUUUCAUCGUGGAGACUGUCACCUACCUUCGUAACAGCCUCCUAUUGUACUUAGAUUGUUCAAAUCAUGUCUCUGAUCCUACUUUUCUUAUAUUAUUGGAUUGCUCUUUGGCAGUUUCGCCACCUUCGGUAUGGUACAUAUUUGUCGAUGACGAUAUUGAAGCAUCGCUUACCAUUGAUUUGUUGGAUGACGAUGAUCCUUGGAUCAUAACCACUGACUUUACCCCUAUUUCGCCACCUUCGGUAUGGUACAUAUUUGUCGAUGACGAUAUUGAAGCAUCGCUUACCAUUGAUUUGUUGGAUGACGAUGAUCCUUGGAUUAUAACCACUGACUUUACCCCUAGUGAGACCAUCAGUCGAUGCAGCGCCGGAUUCCCCUUGUCCGUACCAGUUCUGAGACGACUGUUCGAUGCCCGGGGAAGAGGCCCCAGAGGGCCCGUUCCCAAUCCGUCCCCCGACCGGCACGCGGCAACCCGCUCUCGCCGCAGGAGCAGCUCAAGCAGUUCACCAACAGCCGACGGGUUCGGAACUGGGACUCCCGAGCCCAGCCCUCAGAGCCAAUCCUUUUCCCGAGGUUACGGAUCCAUUUUGCCGACUUCCCUUGCCUACAUUGUUCCAUCGACCAGAGGCUGUUCACCUUGGAGACCUGAUGCGGUUAUGAGUACGACCGGGCAUGGAAGGCACUCGGUCCUCCGGAUUUUCAAGGGCCGCCAGGGGCGCACCGGACACCACGCGACGUGCGGUGCUCUUCCAGCCGCUGGACCCUACCUCCGGCUGAGCCGUUUCCAGGGUGGGCAGGCUGUUAAACAGAAAAGAUAA